AGUGCUAGCCAUGUGUCUUGAAGAAUCAAAAAGCUAGGCAAGCAGUCUUUACCUUUCUGCAUUUGCAUUCUAGUGCUAUGUAUCUGAAGCAACAUUAUAAUUAAAUUGAUCAGAUUCCGCAUGUAUCUAACUACUCUUAGAUACAUUCAAUGCACACUUCCCUCCAAUUCGCCCUCUAAAUGCUCUGCCUCCUUACACACACAUGCAAGUAUUAAUUUGUUGCUUGAACAAGGCACCAGCUCCUGUUAUUCCAGUCCUUUAACCUGGAGUUCUUGUUAAUGCUGCAGAUGGGUUUCCAAGCUAAUGCUGUAAUCCCCUCGAGGUUCCGCUACGAGAAGCUUAUUAAUGGCGGUGAUCAAUAUCAUGAAAAACUAAUGGCAAGGCCUAGACGAUGGCGUUUUUGGGUGAAGAAAAUGAAUGGAGGGGUAAAGGGUCUUCGAUUAUCCCGCUCCAGGAAGCUCACUUUCAAGGCAUUGUCUGUGAUCCUAAUGCCAAGCCCAAACAGCAGGAUUGCAAAAGUGUAUGCCCAUGUUAUUGAUAGAAUCAAGAUGAUGGAUGAUCUGACUCUGUAUCCCAACAUUAUCUUUUCCACUCAUUGGGGACUUCCAGUUAUAUCCCAUCCCCAUCCAUCUGCUAAAACCACUACAAGGCUGAGUUCUCUUCAUACAAACUUAACUUGCAUUUAGGAGAUUGCAUAUUUAUGUUUCGGCAGAUAAAUUUAGUAUAAAGAAAUAAACUUGCUUUAAAUACACAAUGAUUCUUUGUCUCUUCUUGUUCUCUUCCUUAGCACUACUGAAUGAAGUACUCUAAUAAGUAUGGAAAUGUUUUGAUAUGCCAAGGCAUAUAUCUGGUUAAUUUCUAUUAAUCCACCAUGUUACUAAUUGAUUGUA